CAUACAGCUGCAACUCUCGCAACCAGUGUCCUCCUGCAGCUGGAUCCCUUUACAUUAGCUGCUUAAAGGUUAUUUUCUGGUUGCUACGGCAACCAAGGAGGAUGGCUCUCUGCAGGAGUUGGGCAAUCCUUGCUUUUAGAGUUGCUCUUGACCUACGGUUGGCUGGGAGGAGGAGGAGCGAAUGCUGCAGAGGACCCUCUCACGGCCUCGCGUGGGUCCUGCCGCCUGGCUGCCCCAACGUGAGACGGAGCUCAUGCGUUGGAGCCGCUCCUCCUCCCUCCCUCUUCUGGUUUCUGCGCAGCCUUAACUGGCUUUGCUCCACUCGCCGCAUGAGUGCAGGCAGCAAGAUGUCAGCAUCUUUCUCUACCGGCGACAGCUCAGGGAAGCCCAAGUCCCAGUUCCGCAAGAGGGCGAGCCUGCAGAGCACCACCAGCACUGAUCUGUGUGGUGUGUCUGGGUCCAAACCUCUCAAGCCCCAACGUUCCCUCCCGGGAAACCCCGUCACUCUGAAACACCUCCCGGUUGACCUGCGCACCUCCAUGGAAGAGAAGUACAAAGAAAUUGCAGAGGAGCUGUUCACGCUCAGCAUGGCAGAAAGUGAGAUGCGCAGCGCCCCCUACGAGUUCCCAGAGGACAGCCCCAUCGAGCAGCUGGAGGAGCGCCGGCACAGACUUGAGAGGCAGAUCAGCCAGGACAUCAAGCUUGAGCCCGAGAUCUUGCUCCGCGCCAAACAGGACUUCCUGAAAAUCGACAGUAUCGCAGACCUCGAAUUAAUGAAGGAGAAGAGUGUUGAUGCCGUUGAUAAUGGCAUUAAGGAGCGGGAAGUGCCAAUGGAGAGAGAGUAUCAGCGGGUUUCAAUAUCUGGAGAGGAAAAAUGCGGGGUGCCCUUCACUGACCUGGUUGAUGCUGCCAAGUGUGUGGUGAAGGCUUUGUUCAUUCGGGAGAAGUACAUCAACAGGUCGUUGCAGUCCUUUUGCAAGAUGACAGCUCACGCCUUGCAGGACCUUGGCUUGAAGCUACUGGACUUGGGAAUUUAUGACAAAUUCCCCGAGACCCCUGUCGACGCUGGUAUCACAUACAUUCACCAAUAUGCUCCUGUCCACCCACCCGUCUCUGAGACGCACCCUUAUGACAAUCUGGACCCCAAAAGUCUGCCUUCAGAUACGGGAUAUGGUUGCAAGAUGAUAGAUGGAGUCAUGCAUGUUUAUACCAAGAAAACCACCAUGGAGAAAAGUACCCUAUUAGACCUGCCGUAUCCUGACCUGAAAGAAUAUAUCGCAGACAUGAACGUCAUGAUGGCUCUCAUCAUUAAUGGCCCAGUGAAAUCUUUUUGCUACCGGCGCCUACAGUAUUUAAGCUCCAAAUAUCAAAUGCACAUCCUCCUAAAUGAAAUGAAGGAGCUGGCAGCCCAGAAGAAAGUUCCUCACAGAGACUUUUACAACAUACGCAAAGUAGACACACACAUACACGCGUCGUCCUGUAUGAACCAGAAGCACCUGCUGCGCUUCAUCAAGAGGGCCAUGAAAAAAUACCCUGAGGAGAUUGUUCACAUUGAGCGUGGCCGAGGUCAAACCCUCAAAGAGGUUUUUGAGACCAUGAACCUGACAGCCUUCGACCUGAGCGUCGACACGCUUGAUAUGCAUGCGGACCGCAACACGUUCCAUCGCUUCGACAAAUUCAAUGCCAAAUACAACCCCAUUGGAGAAUCGAUCCUCAGAGAGAUCUUCAUCAAGACUGACAAUCAUGUUGAGGGGAAAUACUUUGCACACAUAGUCAAGGAGGUGAUGUCCGACCUUGAGGAGAGCAAAUACCAGAACUCCGAGCUACGUCUGUCCAUCUAUGGUCGCUCCAGAGACGAAUGGAACAAGCUGGCCCAGUGGGCUGUCAAACACCGGGUGUAUUCCGAUAACGUGCGCUGGCUUAUCCAGGUGCCUCGCCUUUUCGACGUGUAUCAGACAAAGAAGCAACUGGCAAAUUUCCAGGAGAUGCUCGAGAACAUCUUCCUGCCGCUGUUUGAAGCCACCAUCAACCCCCAAAGCCAUCCCGAGCUGCAUCUCUUCCUGGAGCACGUGGUGGGCUUUGACAGCGUGGAUGAUGAGUCCAAACCCGAGCACCAUAUUUUCAAUCUGGAUAGUCCUCUCCCAGCCAAUUGGAGAGAGGAGGACAACCCGCCCUACUCCUACUACCUCUACUACACCUACGCCAACAUGACCGUGCUCAACCACCUUCGCAGGAGGCGAGGCUUCCAUACGUUUGUGCUGCGACCUCACUGUGGGGAGGCUGGGCCAAUCCACCACCUGGUGUCAGGGUUCAUGUUAUCAGAGAACAUCUCCCAUGGUCUGCUGCUCAGAAAGGCCCCUGUGCUGCAGUAUUUAUACUAUCUGGCCCAGAUCGGCAUCGCCAUGUCCCCUCUGAGCAACAACAGCCUAUUCCUUAGCUACCACCGCAAUCCGCUACCAGAGUACCUGUCAAGAGGCCUCAUGGUGUCCCUGUCCACGGACGACCCCCUCCAGUUCCACUUCACCAAGGAGCCUCUCAUGGAGGAAUACAGCAUUGCGACUCAAGUCUGGAAGCUGAGUUCUUGUGACAUGUGCGAGCUGGCAAGAAACAGUGUUCUGAUGAGCGGCUUUUCACACAAGGCCAAAAGCUACUGGCUGGGCCCCAGCUAUUACAAAGAGGGCCCAGAGAGCAACGACAUCCGCCGCACCAACCUCCCCGACAUCCGGGUGGCAUACCGCAGCGAGACGCUCUCCGAGGAGCUGCAGCUCAUCACGCACGCCGUGCGCACCGAGGAGCUGGAAACUAUCAGCGAGGAGGACACACUGUGCAUGGGGCCUCUGCCCGGGUGCCGUUGAGCUCCCCAGUCAAAAGCACACCGGCCAGUCAUCCAUGUCACGUGACACCUGAAGUUGUUGUAAGGAAGUAGUCCCCACCUGCACACUUCAAACCCUCGCACACAUUUCCACCAUCAGCCAGCAUCAGGAGGUCAGCUGGGGGGUUACUGAGAUCCAUCCGUUUCUCCAUUCAUCCAUCCAGCCCCUUAGCCAUCCAUCCAUCCAUCCAUUCAUGUAUAGUCACUGUGAUGCAUCGUAGGCAGAGUCUUCUAUUUUCUUGAAUUAAGUCGGACACACCGCACAAGCAAAUGUUUGCGGCUCAAAGCACAGCGACAAGGCCAAUUAUUAUUCCUUCACGCUUCUGGCAAAGGUCUGCCAACAUUCCACUGAGGGAAAGAGAAUGAAGGCAUUCUUGUGUUGUUUUGGGACUUGAGUACUAAAUAUAACAUGCAUCUGAGCAGGAG